GCUCUCGUUUAGGGUAAAGUCCCAAACUCACAUCUCAUUCUCUCCUUCGAUUAAUUCUUCCUUCCAGCACGUUUUUCUGGUGGCGCGUGGAUAGUUUUGGUGGCGCGUGGGUCCACUAUCUAGCUGAAUCGUCGUUGUUUUGGCUAUCAAAGCUGAGAAAUAUCGCGGGGGCUUGGCCGGAACCGACCCGGCCGGGUUCAUUUCCGACCAUUGUUAAUGGCAUCGGCAGUGUUAGCGAACCAUCAGAACGAACCUGAUUGGACGCAACCGAGAAGCGGUGGCGGCGCGAAAUUCAUGGGCAAAGUUCCAUUUUCGAAAUCAAACCCUAACCCUAAUCAUAGAUUCGGCAACAGCAAGAAGAGGCAAUUUCAGCACGCAGCGGACGACGUAUAUGAAUCUCCGGCUGUGACGCAAUCGGCUGCAUCUGACGAUGCAUCCUCGAUCAACCGGAAACCUAACAUUGAUUUCAGCGGAGGUGCAUACGUAAGCUUCAAAAUCGCUUCGUAUUCGAAGAAGGAACUGAUCGAGCUCAAAAAUCAGUUGAUCGUGGAGCUUGAGCAGAUUCGGAAAUUGAAGAAUCGAAUCGAGUCGCAUGACUUGCAUGUCAGAUCCAGCUCUAGCAAUUUUCCCCUGAAGAAAGGUAGCGGAAUCAAGAAAGUUACUGGUAGCAAGCGUCCAUUGCCGCCAAAUUUCAGCAAGGAAUUGAAGAGAUUGAAUCCCGAAAGUGGCAAUUUGAUGAAGAUGUGUGGUCAGAUUUUGACGAAAUUGAUGAAGCACAAACAUGGGUAUAUUUUCAAUUCUCCGGUGGAUGUGGUGGGAUUGGGUUUGCAUGAUUAUCUAGACAUAAUAAAAAACCCGAUGGAUCUGGGUACUGUGAAAUCGAGGCUGGCGAAGAACUUUUACGAUUCGCCUCUUGAUUUUGCUGCUGAUGUGCGGUUGACUUUCAACAAUGCCAUGAUGUAUAACCCUAAAGGUCACGAGAUAUAUGCCUUGGCCGACCAGCAGCUUACAAAAUUCGAGGAGUUGUUUAGGCCGAUAAAUGAGAGAUUGAGGGAAGAAGUACGACAAGAAAUGGUGUAUGACCGGGAAUUGCAGGCAAGCUCAUGGGAUCGUGUUGAGAGGGAUCGUGUGGAGCCAGAUCGAGCAAAGAAAGAAAGAGACGAUUCUUUGCAGGUUGUGAGGAAAAUGAGAGUUCCAGAAAACGGGUCUAACAUAAACCCGCCGCCCGUUCCGCAGAUGCCUGUGCAACCACCAUCUCCUGUACGAGUACCACCAGUGAAGCCGGUGAAGCAGCCAAAACCAAAGGCAAAGGAUCCUAACAAAAGGGAGAUGAGUCUUGAGGAGAAACACAAAUUAGGGCUUGGAUUGCAGAGCCUGCCACAGGAGAAAAUGGAGAAUGUGGUGCAAAUAAUUAGGAAAAGAAACGGGCAUUUAACCCAAGACGGGGAUGAGAUUGAAUUGGAUAUCGGGACAGUCGAUACAGAGACUCUUUGGGAAUUAGAUCGAUUUGUGACUAACUACAAAAAGAUGGUGAGCAAGAUCAGACGGCAAGCGCUUACGGGUAACAAUGUGGCUGCAAAUGAAGGCAACAAGGAGUUACCUGCUGCUGAGAAGGUUGAGGUAGGAAUAGAGGCAAGGAAGCCGAAGAAGGGAGAAGCUGGGGAGGAAGACGUGGACAUUGGGGACGAAAUGCCAGUUAGCAGUUUCCCGCCGGUGGAGAUUGAGAAAGAUGAUGGUCGUGCCAGUAGCAGUUCCAGCAGCUCAAGUAGUUCCAGUAGUGAUUCAUCCUCGUCUAGUGGUAUAGCCCAAAUCUGACAUUCAGAGUCUAAAUGUUAUAAGUGUGUGCAUUAAAUU